CCAGCUACGGAGGGAGGGGGGAAGGAAGGGAAUGUGGCGUGAAGACCUUUCUGCCUGCUGGGGGAGGAGAUACUGAGCGGGGGCGGAGAGGCUGGUGAGCGGUCGGUCCGCGCGCACAGGGCAACGGGAAGGUGACACUCCUCACCCUCGGGUUCAUCUCUGGCGGCUUGGCCUUGGGUGAGGUGGCAAGGUUGCUGUAGAGUAAGCAUGUCUUUUCGAGGCGGUGGUCGUGGAGGCUUUAAUCGAGGUGGUGGCUUCAGUCGCGGCGGAAGCAACAACCACUUCCGAGGUGGAGGCGGUAAUUUCCGAGGCGGCGGUGGUGGUAGAGGAGGAUUUGGACGAGGAGGUGGCCGCGGAGGCUUUAACAAAGGCCAAGACCAAGGACCUCCGGAACACGUAGUUUUAUUAGGAGAGUUCCUGCAUCCCUGUGAAGAUGACAUAGUUUGUAAAUGUACUACAGACGAAAAUAAGGUGCCUUAUUUUAAUGCUCCAGUUUAUUUAGAGAACAAAGAACAAAUUGGUAAGGUGGAUGAAAUAUUUGGACAACUUAGAGAUUUUUAUUUUUCUGUUAAAUUGUCAGAAAAUAUGAAGGCAUCUUCCUUUAAAAAACUGCAGAAGUUUUAUAUAGACCCAUAUAAACUGCUACCACUGCAGAGGUUUUUACCUCGACCUCCAGGUGAGAAGGGACCUCCAAGAGGUGGUGGCAGAGGAGGUCGAGGAGGAGGAAGAGGAGGAGGUGGCAGAGGUGGUAGAGGUGGUGGUUUUAGAGGUGGAAGAGGAGGUGGAGGUGGAGGCUUCAGAGGAAGGGGUGGUGGUGGUUUCAGAGGGAGAGGACAUUAAGUGUAGGAGUUGACAGAGAAACUUCCUGCAUGAUCUACUUCAAUGGCUCAGAAACUUGUUUCUUGAGGAAGUCUGGAAGAACUGGUCAUUUUAUGAUGGUGGAACUAAAAUGUCAUCACCAUGCAAAAAUGAGUACAACAGAAUAAGCAGUUUUGCUCUAAAAGUAUGAGCAAAUGUUUAAAUGUUUUGUAUAACGCUUGGAACUCUGGGGGCUUAAUAAAUGGCCAGUUUUCAUUUGAAGCAUACUUGGAAUUUUUAAAAUAAAAUGUUUUAUUUCUUUAA